CUUGCGGUGCAGCAGGACUGGGGCUGUUUCUUUAAGAGAAGACUCGAACCUCCCCACGUGACAGGGUUUGGAAUGAGGCAAUUGACAGUGUUACUUUCACUUUCCCCAGGCGAACGCUGCGAGCCGAGCGCAGGUUUAUCAAUUGGGAACAAAACCACGUUGCUUUUAACACCGUUCUACGGAAAAGCCAUGAGACAAAACUGCAGCUCCUUGAUCGCCAGAAUUAGAUAAGCAACCGUGAAAAACGGGAACAGCCAAUGAACGUGUAACUGUCCCAGCCAGAGGGAUGAAGUCUGAUCACACCCGGCAGAUUUUAAACUUCUCAGACGACCCAAUCAGAUCAAGUUACAGUGAAGAUGAAGGUUCUUUCAUCCUGUCCUAGCUCCGCAGUGAGCACCUCUCUGCCUAAUUUGAUCAUUUUCUUCAUUAUUUAUCACAUUCACAAGCUGGAAUCAGCCCAAUUCAGUGUGACUGGUCCUGGCCACCCUGUCACUGCCAUUGUGGGUGAGGACACUGUGUUACCCUGUCACCUGUCCCCCAGGAUGAGCGCUGAGAACAUGGAAGUGAGAUGGUUCCGAUCUGAGUUCACUUCAAUUGUGCACCUGUAUCAGCAUGGGAAGGAUCAAUAUGGGAACCAGAUGCCAGACUAUCGUGGAAGGACAGAGCUUUUGAAAGCUGGCAUCACGGAUGGGGAUGGUUCCUUGGAGAUUUUUUAUCAUAGCAGACGCUCAGAUGAAGGACAAUACUACUGUUUUGUUCAAGAUGGUUCUUUCUAUGAAGAAGCCCUAUUGGAACUGAAGGUAGCAGCUUUGGGCGCCAGUCCUCUCAUCUCUGUGACGAGUCACCAGGAUGGAGGGAUCCGGGUGGUUUGUCAAUCGUCUGGGUGGUAUCCAGAGCCCAAGGUGCUAUGGAGAGAUCUCAGUGGGCAAGAAUUACCAUCACUCUCUGAAGCAAAAUCCCUAGGGGAUAGUGGCCUGUUUGAAACAGAAAAUUCUAUUAUUAUAAAAGAACGUUCAAACCAGAACCUGUCCUGUUGGAUCAGGAACACCGUUCUCAAUCAAGAAAAGGAAUCAGCAGUUUAUAUAGCAGAUUUCUUUUUCCCACGGGUGAAUCCAUGGAUUGUGGCUCUGAGUGUGAUUCUCCUGGUUUUGUUUGUUUGUUUCAUUGGCCUCACUGUUUAUCUAUUUAAAAUGAAAGGUAAACACCUUGGAGAAAUCAGGAAACGUGAUACAGAAAUCAGUGAUCUUCAACGAGAACUUGACUGGAGAAGAAACAUCGUCUGCCCAGGGCUGGGAAGUUCUGCGCCACCUGUACAAGAAGCGAAUGUGACUCUGGAUCCAGACACGGCUCAUCCCUGGCUUGUCCUGUCUGGGGAUCAGAAAAGUGUGAGACAGGGAGAGACACGGCAGCGACUGCCCGACAACCCUGAGAGAUUUGACUCUUGGGAAUGUGUGCUGGGCUGUGAGGGAUUCACCUCG